CCCUGCUCUGGUUUGGUUCUCUUCAAGCCAGCCACCGCAAAGAGCGCAGCAAAGCUGGCUGGACUCCCUCUGACAGCUCAGCUAGCCUCGCUCCUUCCUUCCCUAGCUCCCUAUAUCUCUCAUCCCCUGCAUCCCCUCGAACCCUAAUCCCAGCACAGCGCUCCACUCUCUCUCUCUCUCUUUCUCUCUCUCGUUUCCAAAGCGUGCCUGAGAGAGAUGGCAGAGGAGCCGCAGCCAGAGACCGCCGCCGCGCCGGCCGCGUCUGAGGUGGUCGUGACCGACGCGGCGCCGGCGGAGGCGGAGAAGAAGGUCGAGGUGCCUGCGGCGGAGGAAGCCGAGCCUGAGGACGAGGCGGGGAAGAAGGUUGAUGAGGCGGCGGUCGCCGCCGACGAUGCGGGGGCCAUAGAGGGUACUGGGUCGUUCAAGGAGGAAAGCAACCUGGUGGCCGACCUGCCCGACCCGGAGAAGAAAGCGCUCGACGAGUUCAAGCAGCUGAUCGCCGCCGCCCUCGCCGCCGGUGAGUUCAACCUUCCUCCCCCUCCGCCGCCGCCAAAGACCAAGGCCGAGGAGGCCAAGACCGAGGAGCUGUCCAAGGAGGAGUCCAAGGCCGAGGAGCCGGCCAAAUCCGAGGCGCCGGCGAAGGCGGCAGCGGAGGAGCCAAAAACCGAGGCGGCCGCGGAAGCUCCGGCCGAGGAGGCGAAGGCGAAGGCGGCGGCCGAGGACACCAAGGCUGAUGCAUGGGCCGAGAAGGCCAAGCCGGUCGAGCCGGAGCCGGAGCCGGAGGAGAAGACCGUCGUGGUCACCGAGGAGGGCACCACCAAGACGGUGGAGGCGAUUGAGGAAAACGUCGUGCCCGCUGCCGCCGCCACAACGGAGGAGGCAGCGGCGCCGGAAGCGGAGGCGCAGGCGGCCGCGCCUGAGCUCGUGCUGAUCUGGGGAGUGCCGCUGGUGGGCGACGACGAGCGUACGGACACGGUGCUGCUCAAGUUCCUGCGCGCGCGGGAGUUCAAGGUGAAGGAGGCCAUGGCAAUGCUCAAGUCCGCGGUGCUCUGGCGUAAGCGCUUCGGCAUCAACGCACUACUCGACGCCGACCUUGGCCUGCCGGAGCUGGACAAGGUUGUGUUCUACCGCGGCGCCGACCGCGAGGGCCACCCCGUGUGCUACAACGUCUACGGCGAGUUCCAGGACAAGGAUCUCUACGAGAAGGCCUUCAGCGACGAGGAUAAGCGGGAACGCUUCCUCAAGUGGCGCAUCCAGCUGCUGGAGCGCGGCAUCCUGUCAAAGCUGGAUUUCGCGCCCAGCGGCAUCUGCUCCAUGGUGCAGGUCACCGACCUGAAGAACUCGCCGCCCAUGCUCGGCAAGCACCGCCCCGUCACCCGCCAGGCCGUCGCACUGCUCCAGGACAACUACCCUGAAUUCAUUGCCAAGAAGGUGUUCAUCAAUGUGCCAUGGUGGUAUCUCGCUGCCAACAAGAUGAUGAGCCCGUUCCUCACACAGCGCACCAAGAGCAAGUUCGUUUUUGCUAGCCCGGCCAAGUCAGCAGAGACCCUCUUCAGAUACAUCGCGGCUGAGCAAGUUCCUGUCCAAUUUGGAGGCCUCUUCAAGGAGGAUGAUCCUGAGUUCACCACCUCCGAUUCUGUCACCGAGCUCACUAUCAAAGCCUCAUCCAAAGAAACCAUCGAGAUUCCUGUCACUGAGAACUCGACAAUUGUAUGGGAACUCCGGGUGCUCGGUUGGGAGGUGAGCUAUGGCGCAGAGUUCACCCCCGACUCCGAGGGUGGAUACACUGUCAUCGUGCAGAAAACAAGGAAGGUGCCCGCCAACGAGGAACCAAUCAUGAAGGGAACCUUCAAGGUUGGUGACCCCGGCAAACUUGUGCUAACUAUCAACAACCCUGCAUCCAAGAAGAAGAAGCUCCUUUACAGAUCGAAGGUCAAGAGCACCAGCGAAUGAGUUUGAGGUUGCAUGCAGCCGCCUGGGUCCUACAUUUACAUGAUCAACAGUUCAUGUCAGCAUUCUAUAUCUGUUUAAUUAAGAGAGGGUGCAGCCUUUUGGUUUGGUUCUUUAAUUUAUUGGUUUGCUGUUUUUGGUUCAUAUUCUAUAUUUGUUUAAUUAAACCAAAGUGAGCUUGUUUUUGUGAAAGUAAUUGGAAGAGAGGGUGAUAAGAUA